AUGUGGCUUGGUUCACAAUCGGUAGAUGAUGCCAUGAUGGAUGACAAACUGAAUUGUGCAGAUGUAAAUGAACAAGUGGAUGAUGAGAGUGUUGACAGGCUACAGCUCCAUGAAUCCAAACCCAGAGAUUUACAGGCACACAUUAAAGCUGACAGCGACUCUGCAGAAAACCCUGUUGAAUCCAACUUUCAUGAUAACCCAAUUGGUGGACAGCCCAGGGUGGUGUCCAUCUGUAGCCCCAGCUUAGUAGAGAAGGAGCAGCCAAAGCCUCUAUGUGCCCUGCUGCCACCCUCCAUGGAGGCCUGCUCUGUUUAUGAGGUGGAUCGGGUGUUCAAAUCGAUGAAGAGUCAAGAAAGUCUGAAGACCAAAAGUGUCCACACGGAGCCGGACGAAGAGGACCUCUGUGCUGCAAUCCUCCUGGCGUGUCUCUUCUGCCACCCACUGGACUGUCUGUUGGCCACGGUGCGAGGGUGCAGCGAGUGUUUCUGGUCCCUGUGCUCAUAUCUGUGUGGCUGCGGGCCCGCCACCCUGCAGCCUCUCCUGGACAUCACCCACCACUGCAACCUCUGCAGCUGCCUGGGGGUUCGCUGUUUCCUCUGCGAGUGCCCAAUCUCUGACAUCUGCCUUCAGGCAACUGAGUGCCUGGACCUCUCGAUGGAAAUCUCUCAAAUGCUCUACCACUGA